CCCAAAUCCUCCUCUCCUUUUCUCAUCUUCUCACUUCAAACUCUCUCUAUCUUUCUCUCUCACCUCAUAUUAUGAACUAAAGAUUUCUCUGAAAGCUGACUUCAUAAACUUUUUCUGAAGAAGAAACACACAAAAACGAUCGAUCUUGAAUUGAUUCUUUGUAGUAUUUUAUUUACAUAUAUAUAUAGAUGGGAAGACAUUCAUGUUGUUACAAACAGAAACUGAGGAAAGGACUUUGGUCUCCUGAAGAAGAUGAGAAGCUUCUUCGUUACAUCACUAAGUAUGGUCAUGGUUGCUGGAGCUCUGUCCCUAAACAAGCUGGUUUACAGAGAUGUGGAAAAAGUUGUAGAUUAAGAUGGAUAAAUUAUUUAAGACCAGAUUUGAAGAGAGGAGCAUUUUCUCAAGAUGAAGAAAAUCUCAUUAUUGAACUUCAUGCCGUUCUUGGCAAUAGAUGGUCUCAGAUAGCUGCACAGCUUCCUGGAAGAACCGACAAUGAAAUCAAGAAUCUUUGGAAUUCUUGUUUGAAGAAGAAAUUGAGGCUGAGAGGAAUUGACCCGGUUACACACAAGCUCUUAACCGAAAUCGAAACCGGUACAGAUGACAAAACAAAACCGGUUGAGAAGAGUCAACAGACCUACCUCGUUGAGACUGAUGGCUCCUCUAGUACCACUACUUGUAGUACUAACCAAAACAACAACACUGAUCAUCUUUAUACCGGAAAUUUCGGUUUUCAACGGUUAAGUCUAGAAAACGGUUCAAGAAUCGCAGCCGGUUCUGACCUCGGUAUCUGGAUUCCCCAAACCGGAAGAAACCAUCAUCAUCAUGUCGAUGAAACCAUCCCUAGUGCAGUGGUACUACCCGGUUCAAUGUUCUCAUCCGGUUUAACCGGUUAUAGAUCCUCCAAUCUCGGUUUAAUUGAAUUGGAAAACUCAUUCUCAACCGGGCCAAUGAUGACAGAGCAUCAGCAAAUUCAAGAGAGUAACUACAACAAUUCAACAUUCUUUGGAAAUGGGAAUCUGAAUUGGGGAUUAACAAUGGAGGAAAAUCAAAAUCCAUUCACAAUAUCGAAUCAUUCAAAUUCGUCCUUAUACAGUGAUAUAAAAUCAGAGACCAAUUUUUUUGGCACAGAGGCUACAAAUGUUGGUAUGUGGCCAUGUAACCAGCUCCAGCCUCAGCAACAUGCAUAUGGCCAUAUAUAAAUCUUCUUGUAUAUUAUAAGGUGUGUGAAUCUUCUUUUUUUUUUUUCUCAAAUAUGGUUUUUUUUUUUUUUAAUGGGUUGUGUAUAUAGUUUGUGUUAUAUAUCAUUUAAUUUAACAGUAUUGGUUUUUACAUUUUUUUGUUUUCAUAUUCGAUGUACCUUGUGAACCACAGAUUUAUGGACUCGGGGAUUUUGUUUCUCUAUUGUUAAUGGCUUACGACAUUUGUUUCUCAAGUUUUGUUCAUUUUAUAUA